UGGUUUAAUGCUGUCAAGUAGCUGGAAUAUAGUUGGAUGCAGGAAUGCAGUAUUAAAAAGCAAACAAACAAGUGUUACAGUUUCAUGUUAAUUCCUUCAGCUACAUAGCAGCCAACCCGAAAUGUUUGCAGAAUCCUAUUCCACCUGGAGAGCCAAUACCAGUUUUUGAUUCACCAAGGAUUAUUGACUUAACAGCUGACAUGGCUGAGGCAGUAUCACACUGAAUGGAACUAUUCUGAGAUCUGUGACAUUAUGCAGUCAUGUGUUGCUACACAAUGACACAGCAAAUUCCAGCUCAUCGUGCUCUACCGGGUAUUCGGGCAUUCACUAGUAUUUAAGUAGCUUUGUUCAGUGGCUGCCACAGAUGAAAGUGCAUGUAGAAAUGGCCACAACAGAGACAGAUCGGCCCGAGCUGGACUCCUCGCAUACCCAGUCAGACAGUGAGCAGAUGGAGCUUACCAAGCCUCUCUUUGAGAAUGGUCGAUACAAAAACCCAUGGGAUACGUGGAGGUACAACAGUUUUUGGAACUUCAUUAAAUUUGCCAGAGGAAGGGAGAACAAGGAGGAUCCCCAAACAGAGGAACUCGAUAGAACCCUUCCCAUCAUCAAACCCAACCUUGAAGAAUUCUCAAACCCGCCUUCCACGGGUGUGAGAUACAUGUGGAUUGGGCACGCCUCGUCGCUGGUGCAAGUGGAUGGUGUCACGAUACUGACAGACCCAAUAUUCAGUAGCAGGUGCUCUCCCGUGCAGUUCAUGGGACCUAAACGUUACCGUGACCCGCCAUGUACUAUAGAAGAAUUGCCCCACAUAGAUAUUGUUGUAGUGAGCCAUAACCACUAUGAUCACUUGGACCGGUAUUCGGUGGAGGCAUUGAACAGGAAGUACGGUAAGAAUCUGAGAUGGUACGUUCCUGUAGGAAUCGGCAAAUGGAUGUCUGAUCGAGGAUGUGAAAAUGUUGUCGAGUUGUCCUGGUGGGAUGAAAAUAUUUUCACAGGAAGGUCAGAGGUGAAGGUUGUCUGCACGCCAUGCCAGCAUUGGUGCAAGAGGACACUUACAGAUACUAAUAAGGCACUGUGGGCCAGCUGGGCUGUGAUUGGUCCAAAGCAUAGUUUCUACUUUGGAGGAGACACUGGCUAUUGUGAAGUGUUCAAACAGAUUGGCUGGAAAUAUGGAAACUUUACACUUGCUGCUAUUCCAAUUGGAUGUUUUAAGCCAAGCUGGUUCCUGUCUCCGCAACAUGUUGGCCCACAGGAGGCGGUGCAGAUCCACCGCGACAUCAGAGCCGUCAAAUCAGUCGGCAUCCACUGGGGCACCUUCAACAUGAUGGCGUAUGAGCACUACUUGGAGCCUCAAGAAACCCUCGUCGAAGAGGUAUCAAAGGCAGGACUGAAGCCAGAUGACUUUGUCACAGUCAAGCAUGGAGAAAUAUGUAUAUUUUAGAUCUCUGAAUCUCAUGCUAUCUCACACUAUCAAUAUUGUAAGAUAGCAUGUUGUAUGCCUGGCAAAAAGAGGGUGUUGUCACUCUCCUCAUGUAUUCUUCUUGGAAGGGUGCGCUGAAGUGUUCUAAAGCACAGGCCUCGUCUAUCAGUCAUGUACACUUGCUUUAUGCGUUGAUGUCAGUACAAUGUCUUUGCAAGGACUCACCUGUCCUGAUUUCACAUGCUGUGUGUCACCUGUUUUGCUGUUACCUCACAUGUCACCUGUUGUGACGUGAUCUCACACACAUCAUCUGCUGAUUGUGUCAUGUGAAGAUCUGAAGUCUUUGAAUAAUAAUAAAGGUGCUCUAUGUCAGGUGUCCCAGGGUUCACUGUCAGGCAAAAAGACUGAGCAAGGGUGUUUUUGUGAAAGUUAUACACGAGAGUGCAAUUUCUCAAUUUGUCUGUCUUUUUCUGACAUAAGUAAUUCAUCAACAGUUAUGGGAAGUAUGGGCAAGGAUGCCACCUUCUGCCCUCUAUUUCAAUGAGAUCAACUGUAUACAAGCGCACUGACCACAUGUUUGCCACUUUGAAUGGACUUAACACUCUUUAUGUAGGGGUGUUUGGUUGUUCAGGAUGUCUGGGAACAAAUACACACUUAAAGAACAAUAGGAUGACUGAUAAUACUGAGUGAUAUGCUUUGAAAAGCAUUUCAGUGUAAUAUCUUUGGCUCAUCUGACUGAAAAUCAAGGACAAUCAAUUGAAAGCGGUAAUGAGUUAGACCAUUCGUCACCAUUCGCCCCUUUCCGUACCCUGCAAGAAGACUAGUCCCCCUAUCGAUGAAUGUUAUGUGCGAAAAUACGACAAACCAAUCAGAAUGCGAGCAUGAUUUCAAGUUCUUCGUCAAAGAAUCCCUCAGAAAUACUUUUUGAUUUUACAUAUGUCUUGCAUCUAAAAAUAUACCCAAGACACAGUUACAUGUGUUCACUCACACUGUAUAAUUCUGCAUGUCUAUGUAUAUUUAAAUUACACCUGAAAUAUAUAUAAUAUAUGGGGAAAUAUAUGUUAACCAUUAGGCAACGAGUUGACAAUUGUUUUAGGUAUGCCCGUUUGCGCUAAGACGGAACCAGGUCGCAAAAAUGGCCAUGAGAGGGGCACGAGUCGCUAUUCGGCUUGUCCCGGAAUAACACGAGUUGGUCACGAAUGGAGUUAGACAUUACUUUAGUUAGUUCUGCCAUAAUUGAUUUUAAUAUGAACAAAUCUACCUGUGUUUUAUAUAUACAACAGAAAUGCCUUACAAUACUCAGGGAUGUCACGAGUAUACUUGAGUUUGAGUCUGAGACUAAAUGUCUCAAUUAAAAGAACUUGAUGCAUGUUAAGAUUCAGAGAAGUUAAUACAUUUUAGAAUGUUUUCCAAUGUAUAAGGCUGAUGUUCUCAUGGGAGUUGGACCACGUUGUUGUUUGUUACAGAUGAGUCUGGGCAUCUGCAAAAGAAAAAUCAUAAAUUAGAAAUACUGUGUGUAAUUAAACCUAUUAUUAUAUGUAGGUUGUUUUCUGAAUAUUUUUCAAGAAAAUAUGAAGAAUAGUUUCGAAACCAAGAGGCAUUAUUUAAAUAAUCUAAAAUCUAAAUUAUGUCAAAACUAUUAUGUAGGUUGUUUUCUGAAUGUUUUGAAAAUAAGGAGAAUAGUUGCAAAGCAACGGUCCAACAUAAUGAAAAAUCUAUUUCUUUGUAAUUGAGCUUUUGAAUGCUAGGAAUCAGUUAAAAGGAUUCAGAUUGUCUGUUAGAGAAGAAUGAUUUAUAUUGAGGGGCAGUGGGGAGUGUGGGAUGAUGCGUGGGAAAUGGUGUUUAGAGGUUCUCAGUUAUAUUUGAAAUGGAACAGAUAAUGUAUAUAAUGGAAACAAGAACAUCAAGUGUGACGAUAUUUAGUUUGUAUUGUUUUGUUUACUUGUUGUUUACGUUGUUUAAUGCCAUACUCAGCAGUAUCCCAGCUAUAUGAUGGCAGCCGGUAAUAUAAUCUAGUCCAGACAAACCAGUGUUUGAUAUUAAUAGCAAUGAUCCAUGCCAUGACGGCACAUUGACAAGUCAUCAACCGAGUCACAGAUAGUUUUGCAAAGUUUGAAAGAAAAUUGCCCACACAAAAAAGACACACAUUCUCUUGUUGUUACUUUAAAUACCCUCUGUAUACAUUGUUUAUAUAACUACUGAAAUGAAGAAAAUAAACCUAUCAAGACCAUCCGAUCCAUGUAGUCAACUCUUACGACCAGCAUAGGUUGCAGGGGUCCAAUUCGAACCUGGACUUGCCACAGGGUUGAACAUAAAUUGAUAUAGAAGUUAGCAUUAUGUCUGAGGCAAGAAAGUGCUUAUUUAAUAUGACAUUUUGUUGCAGAUUUCAUGUAUAUAAUCACUUUAGUACAUGUCACAGUGGUAAAAACUAACAUUUUUAGUCCAUUAGUCCUUUUAAUGGUAACAUAUAGCAAAACCCUUAAUGACAAAUUUCUACUAGUCCUUAUGAUACUUUAACUAUUGAACACUUUGGCAAGGACUACAGGACUAGUGCCAAUUUCUAACGCUGUGUUGUUGGAAGCAAUAACUGUGUCAGGUGCUGCAGGUAAACUGUUUUUACCAUU